GAGCGGCCUGACGACCACGCCGUCCUCCGCCAAUGCUUUUCUGUGCGGACUGACUUUGAGUCAUCGUGAUGUGGGAGACGAGGGCAUGCUGGGAGUUUUCCGCUGAUGUUUGCAUCAGUGCGUGGACAUGAAGAGUAUAAAUGAGGACAGGAGAUGUCCCAGCGUAGGAACAAGUUCUCGGUACCUGCUCCACACCACCACGCCACAGGAUCUCAUCAUGGAAGCUGCCAUCACUACUCUGGUCUCCCAGUUCAAGGUCUUUGCUGGGAAAGAUGGUUCUACCAGCACUCUGAGCAAAGACGAGUUCCAGAACCUGCUGACCUCUCAGUUACCCAGCUACGCCAAGAACUUCUCCAGCGCGGCGGAGGUGGACCAGCUCAUGAGCUCACUGGAUGACAACAACGACGGCGAGCUCACCUUCUCCGAGUUCUGGAAGCUGCUCGGGAAACUGGCCAGCAAACAGGGCGGCUUCAGUCAGUAGGGCGGGGAUUGUCCAACGGCAAUCAGCUCGGAUGUCGAAGCUGUCCAACUGCAGUCUCCAGAGACUUUGAAUUCCUUUAUCGCUGCACAUCAGUGUGAGCCUCAUGUGUGUGUCUGUUUAGGAAAGCAUUCUCCGAAUGCAGGGAAUGUCAAAUUAAAGGCUUCAUUGUCCGACUGAAAGCCAAGCCACCAUU